UACUGCAUGAGACUGCGCGCGCAUGCAUUUGCGUCCAAAGACAAGCUGUUGUGCAUUUCAGCUUAAUUUCCGCAACAACAUUAUUCCAUUCCACGAAUUUAAAUUUGUACGUGAUGUUCAGAAGUGGGUUUCUGAUCUGUUUCUUGAUAUCACUCUCAAGUGAAGCAUCUGUGCAGAAAACAUUUGAGGGUUUCAUACGAGGUUCGGCACUUUUUCCAUGCCAGUAUGAUCCCAAUCAACUGAAAUCGAUUUCCGCACAUUGGAGGUUAAACGACAGCCUAAAUGUUUAUGACAUACUUAACGGCAGAGGGACGGAUAAUGAGCAAGACCCACAAUUCAAGGGCAGAACUGAAACAUUUCCUAAAGAAUAUACGAAAGGAAACUUCUCACUCAGACUCAGAGGCUUGACUUGGAGUGACGUUGGAGCAUAUUGCUGCUCCAUUUCAGAUGUUAAUUCACUGCAAUGUACAACGCUUCAAGUCAAAGAGAGACCAAGAGAAAUCCACGAGAAACCAGACAGAAACGUUGGAGUUGAAUCCAAAGCAGAGAGGAUUGAAUCUCAAGUGUUUGCUUUCUUCUUUGCUGUUAUUCUGCUCUGUGUUUGAGAGCUGGUUUUCAGGUAGUAAAUCUUUAGCAGUUGCCCUUUCUUCUGUUCAUCAGGCUAAAUGCUAAAAUGAGGCUUAGCGCAAAAAAAAAUCUAAUAAUUGUUAGCAAUAGAUGCUUUCUGCAUAUAUACAGUAGCAGGAACUAAAACCUAAGCCGUUAUUUCCGUUCACAUAUAAUUAAGAAUAGUGUUUAAUGCGACAGCUGACAACUCAAAUAGUUUACUAGAAGUUUAAGUUUGUGAGUUUGCAUUUUAAGUCACAUCCAAGUUAUUACUACACUAACAAAUACUUGGUUCCACAAGAUUCCUACAUGUUGUGUCAACACAAAUUGAUUAAGUUAACUUUUUUUGUUUUUU